UUUUAGAUUACCAAUCCGUUAGAUCACUCAUUGUUCAUCUCUAACUAUAAUCUAUCCAAUAAACGAUGCCCCAUCCACUGUUAUGCAUGCUAUUCUUACUAAGCGCACAAGCUGCUCUAUCGCAAACAACUAUGAAUGACCAAAAGUCAACACCUUUGACAGAGAGUCAAUCCAAUGUCCUCUCCAUUUAUCACAAAAAGGACGGGGCUUUUAUAAAACGUGGUAUCAUCACAGGGCUACCCGGUGUGCCGCAAUACGAGCCUACAGAACACGAAAUAGUGAAAUUUGAUCAACGAGAUCCAUUCUAUCAGAUAAAGUUGAAAGACGAAAGAACAGGCCAUGUUAUAUUACAGUCUGCUAAAAUGUGUCAAAUGGUAGCAAGUGAAUGGAAAGAUCAUUUCAUUAUCAAUCUAGAUGAAAAUAAUAAUUUUUAUCAUUACAGUUAUUAUCCUGCAACAAGUGAUUGUCCAACAGACAUUAGCUAUCCUGUAGUGACGAAUGCAUUCAAUACUUCAGUCACUGUCAUGUCUCCUGAAUAUGGACCAAAACCAUUGUUAGGACAUUUUGCUGCUGAACAGCCGAAACAGAAAUCGAAGAAAUCAACAGCAAAGAUCAACGAUGGAAUUGUGAAUGAAAAUGAAAUCGUUGAAGAAAAAUCUUUUUUCCAAAAAUAUUGGUAUUUGAUUUUGGGAGCAGUUUUGCUAAUGCUAACUAAUAAUAUGGCGCCUGAACCCGCUUCAGCAAGUGGUUCAGGUACUCCUAGAAGACGUUAAUGGCUGUCUAGAAAUAAAAAAUGUUUGUUUGACCCGUCAGCUACCCAUCUCGCGCUGCAUAUACGACUUUACUCUUCUUAUUGAGCUUGAAAAUAGUUUGAGAAGAUUUGCCCAAACCUUCAUUAAUUUUCG